AAGCCUGAUACGGACGAAGCUGAACAAGAUGAGAAACUCCUGGCCAACUUCUCCACAAAACAGAAGUACAGGCAGACAGUUAUGUUUACUGCAACUAUGCCUCCAGCAGUUGAGCGACUCGCAAGAUCCUAUCUUCGUCGUCCAGCUACAGUGUAUGUUGGAACUGCCGGUAAACCCACCGAUCGUGUCGAACAGAUUGUCUACAUGGUACAGGAAAAUGACAAGCGCAAGAAGCUCUUGGAGAUACUGAAUGACGGAAUCGAACCGCCAGUGAUAAUCUUUGUGAACCAGAAGAAGGGCGCGGACAUGCUGGCUAAAGGUCUGGAUAAGCUUGGCCACUCAGCGGUGGUGCUGCAUGGUGGAAAGGGUCAGGAGCAUCGCGAGUACGCUCUUGCAAGCCUUAAGUCGGGUCAAAAGGAGAUUCUUGUGGCAACUGAUGUGGCUGGUCGCGGUAUUGACAUAAAGGAUGUUUCCAUGGUCAUCAAUUAUGAUAUGGCAAAAACAAUUGAUGGUGAGUUAUCUGUUCAUGUUUACUUAUGA